UACUUUAUCACCAACAUAAAAAACAAAAGGCUUAUUAAAAAUGAAUAAUAUUAACUGCUCUAAUUACAUUUUAAAAUGCUAUUUUAUAUUUGCAUGCUCCAUAAAAUUGUGUCAACCUUCCAAACCUUAGGCCAUUUAAAUAAAUUAUGUAAAUCAAAGGAUAUAUAAACAUUUAGUGGAUAAAACCAAUGAUCACCAAUAGUACUACCUAACAACAUGUCUCGUUUCUGUAUUCUGUUCUUGUUUGCUGUGAUAACUGUUAAUUGUGCACCAGUUGAUGAUGAACCUGAAGGAAAUAAAAGCAAAGAAAGAGCUGCGAAAGACAAUCCAUUAUCAGGAAUUGGAAGUGCCAUAGGUUCUCUAACUGGGAACAAUAACAACAAAGAAGCAGCAAAGGAAGGACCACUUGGAGGAAUAGGAAACGCUAUAGGGACUUUAACUGGAAACAACAAUAACAAAAAGGAACCAGAAAAAGACAACAAUCCCUUAUCGGGACUCGGCAACGCCUUCAAUUCAUUAACUGGCAGUAACCAAAACAGCAAUGGGCAAAAUCCUUUAGCAGGACUCUUUGGAAGUGGUUCUCCUUUUGGGGGACUACCAGGUUCAAAUUUGUUCUCAAAAAUGCAGCUGUAUUUUGGUGGUAACAUGGGGGUGUUGAUACCAAUGGAUGCCAUUCCAUCUGCGUUUAUGCAAACAUUGAGCAAUUUGGCUAAUUUGCAACAAGCAGCUUCGAAUCCGGGAGAAGCUAUUCUUAAACCUAUUCAAAAUAUUGGGAAUGCCAUAACAGGAAAUAAGAGUUAAUAACUUUGGUGUUAUAAGAUAAUUGUAUUUAUAAAUUUAAAAAUCACAACAAUAUUAAAAUUUUCAAAGUACUUGUGAUAAAAAUAGAUUACGUUAAAUAAACCUAACCUUGAGUUUCUAGUAAAGAUAAAUAACAAUGAAUGAAUCAUAGGAAG